AUGGUCCUCGGCAAGUUCGUACCCCACAAUCCUGCAGAGAUUGUAGUUGUAGUAAACCGUUAUUGUCUUAUAGUCGGUCCUUACAACAACUACACAAUGUCUUCCACUCGACACAGAGAAACGUUUGCUUCUCUUGCAUUGAGAACAUAUCAGUCUAACAGAUCUCUUCUACUUAAUGCAGCCUACAUUAUUCUUAUUACAGCUGGCUUCUCCGGAGCCACUUCAACCUCCAGCUCCUCUCAAAAACGGAAGGAUCGAGAUGCAUCUGCGGUCGAAAAUGCAAACAAACACCCUAAAGUUAACCGCGCUGCUUUUUUCAGACUCAUGAAAGCCGCCAUGCCGAAAUACAAUGACUCUUCAGUGUUGUACUUGAUAGCUCACUUAAUAUUGUUAGUUUGCAGAGCCAUGCUCACUCUCAAGGUGGCAAGUCUAGACGGUAUGUUGGUAGGUGCGCUAGUGGCCAAGAAACUCCGUAGAUUCAGCAAGCUUCUAGUUUUCUGGAUGUUGAUAGGACUCCCUGCAUCUUUCGUAAACGCCCUCUUGAAUUGGACAAAAGACAAGUUGCGCCAAAGCAUUCGGACUAACUUGAAUGAUAGUGUCAUGGAUGACUACUUGCCAGACAAUUUGGAUCCAAACUACUAUGCUCUCAUCCAGCUUUCUGAUAGCAAAAUUAAGGAUCCAGACCAAAGAAUAUCUACUGAUAUCACCAGAUUGGCCCAAGCGCUUUCUAGCUUACCAGGGCAACUUUUAAAACCGACAUUGGAUCUCUUGCUCUGUGCAAGAGAGCUUUCGAAAAGCGGAGUCGGAAGCGGUGAAGGCACCUUGGCUCUCGGUAUGUUGGCCCACUUUUCAACUACAAUUCUUCGAUUGUUUUCACCUCCGUUCGCAAAACUUGCUUCUGAAAAGGCAAACCUUGAGGGCCAACUACGCAGUGCCCAUUCCAAAGUGGUUGCAAACAAUGAGGAGAUUGCCUUCUUGCGCGGCCAUGAUCGAGAGCUCGACUACCUCGACUAUUGCUACUACCAAUUGGAGCGCUUUUUGAGAAUGGAAUACUGGAAACGCGCAAUACAUGAAAUUGCUCAAAGCUUUAUUGUAAAGUACUUUUGGGGAGCUGCUGGGUUAGUCCUCUGUUCCGCACCAAUCUUCAUUAACAAGUAUCUUGGCAAAGCCCCAGAUCCAAAUGCCGCUGGUGAAUUUAUUACAAAUAGAAGAUUGUUGAUGAGUGCGUCUGAUUCUUUAGACCGCCUCAUUUAUUCACGCAGAUAUUUGUUGCAAGUUGUUGGCCAUGCUUCACGUGUGACAUUUUUUCAAGAUGCUUUGGCUGAGAUAAAAGCCCGGAGAUCAGUUGUUAAAGAUCAAAUCGAAAAGGAGGAGGGCAAUGUUAGAUAUGGGGAUGAAAUUACAUUCAAGAACGUCAAACUUGUGACACCAGCAGAUGUCACUUUGAUUGAAUCUCUUAAUUUUAGCAUCAAACCUGGUGAACAUCUCCUUAUUGCAGGACCCAAUGGGUCCGGCAAAUCUUCCUUGUUUCGAAUGCUCGGUGGGUUGUGGCCUUGCAAGUCAGGGGAAAUAAUAAUUCCUACUUCAGAGAACAUGUUUUAUUUGCCCCAAAGAGCCUAUCUCGUGAAGGGAACUUUGAGGGAGCAGAUCAUUUAUCCACACUCAAUUGAGCAUUUUGACCAAAAAAUUGGAGGAAAGACUGACGAUGACUUAGCUGAAAUCAUGAAAUUAUUGAAACUCGAUGACCUUUUGACAUGCCCAGAGGACUGGGAUACUGUCAAGAAUUGGAACGAGGAACUCUCGAUUGGAGCCCAACAGAGAUUAGCCAUAGCUCGUUUGUUCUAUCAUCAGCCCAAGUUUGCCGUUUUAGAUGAGUGCACAUCUGCCGUCUCACCAGAGAUGGAGCAGUUUGUGUAUGAGCAUGCACAGAAGAUAGGUAUCUCUGUGUUAUCUGUAGCACAUAGACCAGCGUUAUGGCAUUUUCACAAUCGAUUGUUGAAACUUGAUGGCAAAGGGGGCUACUACUUCGGUGUUUUAGAUGCCGAGCGCCGUCUUAAGUUCGAGGAGGAGAGACUCAAGCUUGAGAAGAACUUGAGAGAUAUCCCCGUGAUGAGAGAUCGUCUCGAUGAGUUGAGGAAGGUGUCUCGUUCCCAACAUAUACGUUACGAGAACUCACAUAGAAAUCUCACUGAUUUAAAUAGGGCUUCGUGA